ACUUUUUAUUUAAUGCAUUAACCGUUAUCUUAGCUGUGGGAAAUUCUUCAAUUAAUAAUUCGGUACUUUAUGGUUUAAUGUGUUUUGUAACUAUUACUCAAUCUUAUUUAAUCACUGUUGAUGCUGAAAUCGUUAAAGUUAUCGAGGGUAGUAGUGAAAAUCCUCCAAAUAUUGAAUGGUUGAAUAGUAUAAUUGAUGAUGGGAGAGGUGAUGAUAAUCAUAAUGGUAAUGGUUACAUUAAUAAUUAUAUUAACCUCAAUGAUAAUAGCGUUGAUCCGUUUAGGGUAGGAACGCGGGACGUACCUCCUUCAUCUUCAUCAACGGCAAGGUCAACUGCAAAGUAUCAAAAAAUUAUUAAACCAUUAUUAAUAUCCACAUCUACCGUUACUCGUCGACCACAGUACACACCACCGACUGCAUUAAUACGAGAAUCUAUGCUUGGACAACGACAAACUGGUUCUUUUCAGCUUAAUAAAGGAAAAAUUGUUGUGGUAUCAAUGCAAAGAUUAUCAUUUUUUGAAUGGGCUAAUAUGGUAACCGGUGCUGAUAAUUAUAGCGUUGAUAAUAAUGAAAAUUCUUUUAUUGAUCAUGAAAUUAAACGAAACAAAAUUGGUAGAGAUGGAAUAACUAGCACUAAUAAUUUAAAUAAUAUUGGAAAAGAUUCGGUUAGAUUAUUAGACAGUAAUAAUUCGUUGCUACCUGAAUCUGUUUAUAUAAGUCAAUCAAGACGUGGUAGUGAUACUUCGACGAUGUCAAAUUCUUCUUUACAAACAAAAACCAAUGAUACUCAUUUUAUUAAUGAUUUAAAUUACAAACAAUCUUUUAUAUAA